ACUAUACUAAUUGCUCAUCCUGUUUUAUGAAUUCUUUUCAAUUUUUUACUCCUGUCAGCUACUUGGAGUGAUCAACAGGACAUGAUUUUCACACCUUUCAGCUUCAUCUAUUCCUCAGCUCCACUGCGUAUAUUAAGACCUGGAAAUAACAAUGAGUUAAGGUGUCAUUUUCUCAGAGCACUCUCUCUCUUAUGGUUUCACAGAAGGAAGAUGCCGAUGGUUUGUGCUGUCUAGAUUUUAAAUGUGCCUUCUAAAAGGAGGAAAUCGUUAAAGUAGAGAUUUGCCAAUAUUUUUGGGAGGCCUAACCCGUUCCUCCCACAUUUAUUUCUUCAAUGCCUGGUGAACUUUAAAUAUUCCUAAACUAUAUCUGUCUCUCAGAUGAAGGAGGUAAUGAAUGGCAAGUGCACUGUCUGACCAAUUGGAGGUCUUUUCUGUACCACUGUGGAAUUGUGGUUGACCUUCUUCAAUUACAGAAAUUAAAAUAUGACAAAAUGCCUGUAUGUCAGGGGUGGUCACUCUCACACACACACAAAAAGAAAGAAAGAAAGAAAGAAAUGUGGUAAAAGAACUAGAAAACAGCAAGAAAAACAGAAAGAAAAAUUCUGAAACCUUCAAGAAGGAAAAUCUUGUAAACAGAAAAUGAUCAAAGAAACAUUCUCCAACCAAAUACUUAAAUUCAGAGACAAAAAGGAAAGACACAGCAGUCUACGUAGGACCCUCAACGAACUCCAGGCUCAAGGUUCCACACAAAGCAAAGGAGCGAAAAGGCAUCAUCAUGACCACCAGGUUUUUGCUGCAUGUUUGCCUCAUACUGCUCUUCUCCACUGAAAUCUCAUCUCGGCUCUGUACCAUGCUUCACUUCCAGCAGAACAAAGUGAACAAAGAGAGCUUAGAGCUUCUGCAGAAAAGGAGCAGAAAUUUCCCCUCACACUGCAUAAAUGAAAGGGCAGCUUUCAAGCCCACCCAGGAUAUUGUCCAACUUUCAGUGGCCCAGAAGGAAAAUGCCAAGGUGGUAAUUCAAGAGAUCCUCCAAGAGAUCUUCAACAUCUUUAGCAAAAACCUCACCCAAAGUGCCUGGGAUGCCACUUCCAUAGUCAAGUUCCAAAAUGGCCUUUACCAGCAAAUUCAGCGGCUGGAGGCAUGUUUGAGAGCACAGAUGGAGAAGGGCUUAACCAACCCGGAAAGUCACAACCUCCAGCUCACCAGUCGGAGUGUGAAACAAUACUUUCAGGGGAUAGAUGCUUUCCUGAAAGAAAAGCAAUACAGCCUGUGUGCCUGGGAGAUCAUUCGCAUGGAAAUACCCAGAUGUUUUGUGCUGGUUGACAAACUCACUCGACGGCUGAGUAACUAA